UCUGACAGAGUCGAGAGAGCUUGUUUGUGUGAAGAUGCCUGAGCCAGCCAAGUCUGCUCCUGCGCCCAAGAAGGGCUCCAAGAAGGCCAUCACUAAGACUCAGAAGAAGGGCGACAAGAAGCGCAAGAAGAGCAGGAAGGAGAGCUACUCCAUCUAUGUCUAUAAGGUGCUGAAGCAGGUCCAUCCGGACACCGGCAUCUCCUCAAAGGCCAUGAGCAUCAUGAACUCCUUCGUCAAUGACAUCUUCGAGCGCAUCGCUGCGGAGGCCUCCCGCUUGGCCCAUUACAACAAGCGCUCCACCAUCACCUCCAGGGAGAUCCAGACCGCAGUCAGGCUGCUUUUGCCGGGAGAGCUGGCCAAACACGCCGUCUCCGAGGGCACCAAGGCCGUCACCAAGUACACCAGCUCCAAGUAGGCGGCGCCUUCCCUCCUUGGCUUCCCUUGGCUUCUAGGCCUCAACCUAAAGACCCAAAGGCUCUUUUAAGAGCCACCCACUUCCUCAACUAAAGAGCUGCCUCACAUUUACACAACAGAAGCCCUUGGAGUUAAACAGACCUGUAUUUCUCUUAGUAUAUAGUCCCUAAAUGGGCCUCUGCUACAAGUAAUUGGGAUUUAGUUUGUAGUCAUAAAGGAGGCGUUGAAGCUGGAAAGGGGAGAGGAGCAGUCGCUGUAGUCUUAAAGGAGAACUAUCAUAAAAUAAAAUGGGGUAAAGAAUAAUGACAACAUCAUAAAAGACUAGAAUAGAGGGGAAAUUUGCACUUAAAAUCUCCAGUCCUAGAUUUUUUAAAUCUCGAAAAUGGGUUAAUAUUAACUCAUUAACUCGGUUUUUUUAUAAUAACGGGUACUCACACCCCAUUGGCUGAAAGGCAAGGAUCGCUUCUUUGUGGUUAGUUCUCCCGCCUUCCAUUGUAGCGUUUAGAAUCUCCGUUUUAAAAGUCAGGCUGCAGCUCCGUUGAAGCCAAAGAAGGUGGAGGCGUUCGUUAACUUGUGUUCAGUGUUUUCUAAGGCAUGAAAGAGUAUGUUAAAGUCUGAGCCAUUUAUAUUGAUUGACUGAUAGGCUUGUGUAGUUGUUCCUAAAGUGCUAGAUCGAUAAACAGACACAC